UUCGGUGGGAUAUUCAUUCAUUCGUAGCGACGCGUGCUGUUUAUUUUGAUAACACAGGGUGUAACGAAUGUCAGUGAAAAUGGCGUGUUCUUAUUAGGAAUAAUUUAAGACUUGACGUUAACAUGGACCUGGGAACAUUAAGAUUGCGAUGUCAAGGUGCCAAUGUUUUGCAAGGAGGCCUACACAAGGACCACGGUGUUGUUUGGACAGAGGGACGGAGCAUCUUCCUGGCGCCAGUCUCCAUCUUCCAGGACCAAGUAGAGAACCAGGAACCCAGUAAGCUGGGAGAGUUCGAUGACCGUGUAUCUGAGGAGAGUCGGGGUGUGAAGUCCAUUAACUGGAGUGAGGAGGUCAGUCCAGGCCUCUGCUACAUGUGUGUGGUGCAUGAGAAGAACAUCUCCAUCUGGAAGGUUGAGGGAUAUCAGCCCAAGUUGACCUUCAAGCAGAUCCGUAAGGUCAACAUACAGCCAAUACCCCAAGGUUGCAUCUGGAGCCCAGGUCGGGACGUCCUGUGUGCACUGUGCCCCCAACAGUCCAGCCUGUACUACAGUCACACGGACAGGAAGGGGAGUCAGGUGCUGAUACAGCUGGACAUGGACAAGAUACAUUGUGGGUGUUGGACAAGUGAUGGCUCCAAACUUGUGAUAGCUGUCUCGGCAACGUUGAUGAUCUAUGAAUGGUCUGAUAUAGAUGAGUCUGUGACAAACUACCAGGCUGUGCAGUGGACCAUUCCAGGGUUGUGCUCCAAAGUAAACAGUUUUGCAGCUGUUUCUACGAACAGGAUUUUGUGUGCCACUGAACUGCCAUUAGAACGUCUGUGUAAGCUGCAGGAUACUUUUGUUCUUCCUGAUUUGCUGACUUCAAAUUCAAACGGACCAAUCAAAGAGGAGUUUACUGAUGAAGAAAUAAUUAAACCAAAGGGAAAGGAAUCUGCCACAAACACAGACUCAUUAUUACAUUUGAAAAGAAAUCCAGAUAGUGUUCUAGAAGACAGCUCGAAGCUAGACGUGAUAGACCUGUACACUGACCGUGUGUCUGAACUGGUGACCAGCCUGGACGUAAAGGGAGUCCUCACACCUGACCUACUGCUAUACCAGGCCAAUUCAGAUACAAUAGUGGUUGGCUGUAACUCGCAAACUUUGAUACAGAUUUUUAAGCUUGAGGAUAACAAAAUUAUUAAGACUGGAGAAAUUAAUCUAGACAUACAGGAGAGACCGAAAGGCAUAGCAAGUUUCCAAGGCAACAGUUACGGGAAUGAGGAAGGGGUCCUCAUUCUGAUUGGCAAGAAAGAGCUCACAGAUACAGCAUUCCCAUCAUCAUCAGCCUACGCAAACAUGAAGUCUGUGCUGAAGUUUUUCAAUGUGAAACAGGGUCGCUAUUCAAAGAAUCAUCUGACUCACACAGCCAGUGUUCCCUCAAUUCCAACAAGUGUUGAGACAAAUGGUAACCAUGACAAAAGAGAUGGUGACAACAUUUACGAGAGUGUGAUGACGUUUGGCAUCCACCAGAAGUACAGUCAGAGCAGUAGGGACGUCAGCAACAACAACAACGUGCGCAAACCAGUGUCCAAAUCAAGCAGUGUGCUCAUCCCAAAGAGCGACAAUGACUCAGAAAAAGCAAACGGUAGCUAUCGGAAUAGUUUCCAUGGUGAUUUUGAUGCCUUUGCUAAGGCGAGGGUAAUGAAAACUAUUGGCGAUAAUAUUCCAGAGGAAGCUGAAAAUGGGGUCAAGGUCAAUGGCAACAUUAGGCAUAGUAUCCAUGGUGAUUUUGAUGUAAAGUCAAAAGAGAAUGUAGGUUUGCCUGAAAAUGGUCUUGUGAUUGAUGAAUCUGCUCCAGUUCCCCCUAAAAGACCGCUUAGAAAGAAAAAAUCCAUGAGGAAUAGAGAAGAUUUGUCGAGGACAUCAUCAAAUUCAAGUCAGGAAAGGAGUCGAGCCAAUUCAGGUGUUAGUGGGUCUCUGCCAAUGGAGUAUCUGUCAGACUGUUCUGAGAUGUCGCCUAGAGAUUCGCCAAGAAUUGAUGGGAGAAAGUUGAUCAGUGCUGAAGAUGCACCCAUAUCUAGUCUGGAAAGUGAAAUGCUGGCUAAAUGGACGGAGACUUCUGCUGCCUUGGUGAACCAAGUUGGAAAUGUUCAGGGUCAUCCUGAUUCUCAAGGUGUGCCAGAGAAAGAUGCUGAUACAGUAAAUAUUGUGUCUGCUGAAGUGAAAAAAGUUCCUGCAUAUGUUGAUGUGCAAGAGGAAAAUACUUAUCCUGACACUUCUAAAGUGCUUACAAUACACAUUGGUAGCAAAAGUGAGAGUUUUAAUAGACACGGUCAGAUUGAAGAAAUUGGAUCUACCAUGGACAAUGAAAGUCAAUCUUUGGAGAUAGAAAAAGCAAAUUUCGAAUCUCAAACGAGUAAUUUUAAAACUUCAGACUUUGGCAGCUUGUGUGGCUCUGAAACUGAGUCACAAAAGGUUGUCAUGGAAAUGUUGGAAAAAAAGUUGCAGACCAGGGAUUCUGACAGGGUUGUGCCUGAUAGGCAUGUGUCUGACAGGGUUGUAUAUGACAUGGUUGCGUCUGACAGGGUUGUGUCUGAUUUUGGUGCUUGUUCCACUAGUCUGUCAGGAGGUCACAAGUUCAGUACCUCGCUGGAGUCACUUGAUGACAUUGACAAGAUCUUGAAGGAACAGAAUCUGAAAAUCUCAAAGCUUCAAGAACAGAUGAGUCAGUUGAGCAGGAGAAUUGAUGACUCUGUCUGUGUUCUACCAAGUCGCUAUCAGCAGUCCAGUAAACCAGAGACUGUUCAGCUGUGUUUUCGCUGCAAGGACGGGUUCAAGAUUGAAAAGAAGUUUCUAUUGGACAGUGGUCGCCUCAAGCUGGAGCAGGUGCAACAGGCGUUCAGUCUCGACACUGUGGAGAUGUUCCUUGAUGAUGAAGCAUGCGUUGUGGGGUGCAAUAUUGAUGGCUACAUUCCACUAAGAUUUGAAUCUGGAUCUACAAUUUUUAUCAGCGGAAAGCCAGCAUUAAAAUGACAUAGGAUCAUGUUCUUAAAGCGGGUAUAUACGAUCUUGUCAAAUAUUUAGUAAUAAAUAUAAAAUGUGUAAAAAACCUAUUUUACAUAUAUUUCAAUAUAAACUAAAAUAAAAGUUAAGAAGAACAUGUGUCGAAAAAUGCUAAAUAAGCCAGAUAUUUAAUUCUGAAAUCGAAAAAGGCUGUACAGCCGAAUUCGCCAGCAUAUAUAUCAUGCAUGUACGAUGUGAAUCUAAAUUUAGUUUAACGGUUCAUUUGAAAUUUCUGCAGCGAUAUCGAUUCAUACGACACAUGAACACUUACAAAAAAGACGAAUGCGUCGGUUAUUGUAGGAAAAUAAUUACGAAUUAUCUUCGUCACAAUCGGCUCGGGGCGCUAAUUUGUAUUUGCUGUAUUUUAUGAAAUUCGUCUUAAAUGUAUCAUUUUUCUUGCAUAGUGUGUGUUAUUAUAACAUAUUUGUAUCAAUAUUUUACAAUUCAGCACAUAUAAAAAUCGUAUAUACCCGCUUUAAUGUGUAACAAAUGUGUUAUACAUCACUAUGGUUACAGCACAUUUGACAUUGAUUUUUUGGAAAUGCUUUAAAGUUUCCAAAUAAAAUCAAUUUUGUGACCUGAAAGAAACAAUAAGAUUCUGAUUUAUAUUGUAUAGCAUAUAUUUUAUAACAUAAAAAUUUAUGUAUAACUCUGUUAAGCACCUGUAGUGUCCAUUUGUGGGAUAAAACGAAUAAUGCAUUUUUCUUAAUGUUAAAUCAAUUAAAGCCAUGCAUGACCACCUGCAUGGACAGUAUGGGGUCAGGAGAAGAUUCAGUGAAACAUGAAUAUUAAAACCUAGGCAACAUAAAAGCAUUGCCCUGGUGAUAUGCAUUUGAGGGAAACUAACAAAAUAUACAAGUGUAAAGCACAUAACCCUGAAAGUCUGGUAGGAAUGUUGUUUUAAUGCUCCCAAUAGGGUGGCAUGUAGAAGUGGAAAUGUCCAUCCAUCCGUCUGUCUGUCUCCCAGCAUUCUGUUUAAUGGACUGUUUUUCUGAAAAACUUAUUAAAAUAUUAACCUGAUAUUUGGUGUGAGUUUCGUUCCAGCCUUUUGAUUUUUGGCAAAGUUAUGGCCUUGGACUUGGAAAUUUUCUGUUUUUUUGAGGAGGUAUUUUAUAAAACACUUUCCGAUAUUUAUCUGAUUUUUGGUAUGUGAGUCAACCAUGACUUUCAGAUGAAGUGUGACUAUCAAUUGAUUGUUUUAAUCAACUCUUUUAGGUAUUGAUUAUUUUUGGUAUGUGUGUGUACCUAUAUGACUUACAGGACAGAACAGAACAUAUAGUUUAAGCAUUGUUUAAGCAAGACUUAAGCAUGAACAGAGCAACAUCAAAAUAACAAUAAUAAAUACACAUGUGUCAUAAUAACAAUUUUGUUGAUGAUGAAUUUUUACUAAUACCGGUAUGUGAUUUUUUUGUGAGAAUGUAAUAUGUAAGUGAAGGUUCUUAUUUUUUUUAACAGAGUUAAGUGAAUGUUCAAAGUCCUUAAUUGAUUGAAAACAAAUUAUCAUAUACACAAUUUCGGGCUAUGAAAACUUGUCUGCUGUGAGCCCUUCAACGUUCCAUGUUACACAUCUACAACACAUACACAUCCCUCCUAGGCAUUCAGCUUGUACUCGUGGCUAUCGAUGAAAAGUUUGUCCACUCUCACUCUUUAUUCUCCUUCUUAGACUUUUUCAUGACGGGUAUAAGUUUCUGUAUGGUUUCCAUUACCUCUCUGCAUUGGGAAUUGCUCUUGUAUCCUUACAGAGGAAGUGUGAGUUUUGUUCUGGUCCAUUGAUUUUUGUCGAAGUUAUUGGUCUUGGACUUGUAAUUUUUCCGUUUUGUGGAGGAUUUUGCAAAAUACUUUCUGAACUGUAGCUCAUGUGUGGUAUGUUAGUCUACCUACAUGACUUACAGAUGUAGUGUGAGUUUUGAUCUGGUCCAUUGAUUUUCGGCAAAGUCAUGGGGGUUGGACUUUAAAAUUUUCUCUAAAAUAGCUGCUGUGCGGCUUUAAAUGGCUGUAGGGGGACAUUGUGUUUCACAAACACAAGUCUUGUUUCAAAUUUGUAUUCUUAUUUUAAUGUUGUUGUGUCACAACAUAGCAAUAUGCAAGCAUAUGACAUGGAACAUAUUCACUGCAUGUUGUGAUGCAUAUUUCAAGUCAUAUGUAAUUGAUAGCUUAAGUAUAUAUAGCUAAUAUUUAAAUAAAUAACAACAUGUUUGCUUUUAUAUGCCCCCAGAUUGAAUGAAUGGUGGUAUAUUGUUUUUGCCCUGUCUGUCUGUCUAUCAUUGUAUGCGUGUGUCUGUCCUAAACUUUAACUUUGCUCAUAAAAUGAAAACUCUUU